AGAGAAAAACCCUAGAAAAUUAAAAUAAGCUAAAAGAAACGAACGAAAUGGAUCAUUACAAGGUUCUUGGAUUGCACAGAACCGCUACCAAGGAAGAAAUCAAAGCAGCGUUUAAGAAACUAGCGUUUCAAUUCCACCCAGACAAACAUUCCCAAUCGCCAAAGGCCAUGAGGGACAACGCCACCCUCCGAUUCAAGCAAGUCUCUGAGGCCUACGAGGUCCUCAUGGACGAUGGCAAGCGCGCCGACUACAAUUUCCGGUGCCGUUCCGGCGCCGGCCCCGGCACCGGCGGUGGAAACAACUAUUAUUCGCAGUAUAGCUACGGAUAUGGUAGGAGUGAAAGCAGCUACCAAUAUAAACCUAGGUCUGGGGUCAAGGCUGGUGGCUUCGCGUCCAAGUUUGAACUCGCUAUUCGGAUUUUGACGGCGCGAUCUUCUCUUCUCAAUCUCAGCUUCGCAGCAGCUAUAUUAGGUGGAAUUGUUGUCAUCAAUGCAAGCGGAGAAUCCUUAUGGAACAUGCAAAAUUCUGGGAAAUCUUUUGAAGAAGCCAUGAAGUCCAUUGAGAAGGCUAAAGCUUAUAAAGAAGAUAACAUGCAGGAACGCCCUUGAUUGAAUUUGUCUGUCGCUGUUCACCUGCCACCUGUGAAAGCUUCGUCACGUUUUAUAAAUAAUGAAUGAUGAAGCUUUGAUUUUUUGGGGUUGGUUGCAAAAGAGAUUGAGAAGAGGGAUUGUUCUUCUGUUUAUUCCUUUUGUUGUCUCCUGUAAUUUUCUUAUUUAACUACAGUCUCGUCAUUGCUCUGCAAUUUACAAUGUAAGUACUUGUUCAAUGUACGGUCGAUACUUGUACAUGAA